AUGAAUAUGGGUAAUUUUCGAAGCAUCUUCGUUAAAGUGGCAAUAGGCCUGGUUUUAACAAGUGUCGCUUUUGCUGCUCCAAACGUGACGGCGGUACCUCUCAUAGAGGGCUGCGCAGCGUAUCCUGGAUACGACAAUGCGACCGGUAUCGCGGGGCCUCUACGCGUCGUGGCCGACUCGACAGGCAAGGAGCUCGAUGGCUUCCGAUUCAUUCCCAAGUUCGCCAUCGCCGUUGGUGGUGGUAGCUGGGGUUUUAUGGUGAUCCCAACGACCGAGAACGGAACAGCCGACGCCAACGACACGCCUUUCCGCUGUGGCAAUGGUACGCUCCAGGCUCACUUGAAUGUGGGUAUCGAGGGUGACCGGUGGCAGACUCUCAUCGCGGCUGGGACACCUGCUGAGUCCGUCUUUGGAUUUGGCCUCCCGGACCUGCCUGAUCCUAAUUACCACCUUGAGAUUUGUAUGUUACGAGAAUCUAUUUCAUAG